AUGAGUGAUUCAUAUAUUCCCGUCCUGUACACGUUGCAAAAGACCCAGAAAAGGAAGAAGUACUUAGAUGGAUUCAUUUGUAUAACAGGCCGAACACUUCGAGUCUUCGAUGAAAAAAAGCGUUUCUUAGACUCUUACACCAUAACUACACGGACUACUGUUGAUGAAGACUUCCUUGAGCUUUCAAAGUGCCUUUUACAACUUGAAGAUGAGCAUCGAGAGCUUUUACACUCUGCUGCUUCUGCUUCGACGCCCGCCCAUUCGCAUCGUUCACCUCAUCCAGUUCAAUCUAUAUCAAAGCCGUCAACAGCAACACGUGUCUCCCAUAAGACUCGCCCCACUUGCGCUGCACCCCCUGAUAUGAAGACUAGUUCAUCGCAAAUGAACAAUUCUUUAUCGGUGAAACCAAAGUUUGAUGAAGCAAGUAUGUCCAUUGAGAUACCUCCUAAACCUUCCAAGACUGUCCUGACUGACCAAUCUGCUCAUCUCCAUACUUUUCUUUCUGCAAUCAAGUCACUUAUCUUCUGUUCUGGAAAGGUUACCUUCACACCAGUACGUGAGCUUUUGUCAUCAUUGAUUUUUCAGCCCAUCUCCUGCGAUCUAGCCGCUCAAUACAUAUCAACAGAUAACUCGUGUGCACGCAUACUUUAUUAUUCAUUGGUGGCCACGUGGGCUGAGCUUUUGCUUCCUUUGCUGCAGAGCCUUGGACAGGGUGGAGACACUCAACCAAAGAGCAACUCUUACAACAUCUCCACUUACAAGAAUGCAGUAGUUAUGCGACGUGCUAAUACUGCCAAAGCUCGACGUUUACAACUCUCUGAGGCAGAGCGCUUGGUCAAGAUGAGGCAACUUGAUUCCGUCACCCUUAAGCAGCUCCGAGCAGAUGCCUCCUCAAAUGUUGAGCGAUCGGACACAUGGAAGUUAUCUGCUGGUGAAGCCAUUGCAUACGCAAAAGCAGAUCUUUUUGUGCUCGUGCCCCAAUCUUGUUUUGUAAAGUUAAAGGAUGGUAGCCGUGCUUCUUCUGGGUCAAGCUAUACAUGUUAUUUUUUCACCGCUGACACUUAUCAACCUACAGCUGAGGAGUGUCAAAAUGAGCUUUUCAUGGUACCGUUAAGUGAUGUGGGACAUUGGCUUUCUAAACCAGACUCACGGGGAAGCAAUUUCGCUAAGGACUAUGAUAGCUUCGGUGCUGUCCUCGAGAAAGUUGUGGUAUUCCACUAUGAAGGUUUUCAAAUAUCUUACACACUUUUAGAUACUCUUAAUACUGCAUUUAGGACUAUAAAUGAAAACAUUGAAUUGUCACCUUAUUCUAGAUGGAUGCGUGACUCAUUUCUUCGCUUUCUACACGCUUCCCACGGUCCCAAUUGGAAAGAACUUCGACUCCUUCACGCCCAUCUUUCAUUUAAUAAUUACUUUAAGUCUGAAUUAGACAGUGACGUGAUUAGUAUAACCGAUACUCCGUCUAAGGAUUUAUUUGCGGAGAUAGUAGGUCACAGUAACUAUAAGCAAAAGCCAUACUUUACAAGUCUAAAUCAGUUUCAACGUGAGGCUUUUGAUCUUGUUAUUUCUAGAUUAACGGGGAAAGAUGUUACUGGAGCGUUUAUUGACGAUACAGGGUAUUGUAGUUCUCACCUUUAUUUGCUUCGUGGGGUAUUUGGUAGUGGAAAAUCUCGAGUCCUAACGGCGCUUCUCCUGCUGCUCCUAGAGGCCCUUCCGGAGGCCACGGACUCUUGGGUCUUCAGGCCGCGCAUCCUCGUCGUUGCGAACACAAACGUGGCGGUCGACAACCUCCUCCGGCGCCUCGCCUCUGCAGCUGCAGGGCUUUCUAUUGGAGAGCUUCUUCCAAAGGUCGUCUCCCGGGUUGGGUCGGGGAUCACGGCCCCCGAGCUCCACGUUUUCGGCGAGCCUCUGAUCGCCUUCGGCGAGCGCCUCGUCAUCUUCACGACCUUUGCGUCUCUCAACCGCCUAACAGAGCUGGUCUCCGACUGCGACUACUUCCCCCUCGUGAUCGUUGACGAAGCCAGCCAGGUAACGGAGCCCCUCCUCCUUUGCGGGCUUGCAGCCCUGCGUUAUCAGGUCGAUCUGAUGCUCUUGGCGGGAGACAACAUGCAGCUUCCCCCGGUCGCCGCCACAGCCACCCUAGGAGCAUCGACCUUCGAGCGCCUUAUCGGCCUAACAGAGGGCAAACAUUCUCCGCGGCUUUGUCCGGCGACGACGCUGUGGGCGCAGUACCGCUGCUGCCGCCCCGUGGCAGAUCUAGCAGGCGCCCUAUUCUACGGCAGACGCGUUUGCACUAUGGGCACAGAACAUCCGCCUGUCGUCAAGGGCCUCCCGCUCUUAUCCUCUGUUCACCUUGGAAGCUCUUUUGACCGAACGGUCCGCGGGAGCAGAGAGAAUAGUACAGAAGCCAAGGCAAUUGUUCGCCUGGUCACAGCCCUGGUGCUGGACCACAAGGUACCUCCCUCCGAGAUCGGAAUUAUUACUCCAUUCCGGGCACAAUCAAGUUAUCUCGAGGGGCUGUUGCGGCGGGCCCUCUCUGUCUUUAAGACAGUGCAUGAUGAGAAGAGCCUAUUAGAUGCAGACGGCGCGGAGCCUUCUGAGCUGACAGGGGUUGGCAGGGCAGCUGAGGAAGUUCAAAGACAAAAUUCCCUAACAGACAAUACCAUCUUUCGAUCAUGCAGGACUGGCGCUGUAUCCCCCCAAGCUAUACCUAAACUCUCAACUGUAUCUGCAGCCACCGUCGAUUCUUUCCAAGGAAGCGAGAAAUUGGUGAUCAUCGUGAGCCUAGUGCAAGCGACGGAUGGACACUUUAUUCGUGAGCCAGAAAGAUCCGAGCAUAUCAAUUUCCCUAAUAGAGUCAACGUGGCCAUCACACGUGCGGUUAGCCAUCUAAUUGUCUUUCAGAGCUAUCAAUUUAGCGGCGAUAAUCUAUCAUCCUAUUUGAAGAAACUGACAUUGAAAGACCUGUCUCUUAGUAGCACUGUGAGCCCCUGGACUAAACUGCUCGCAUAUACAACUGAUAUCGGCCAGUGCUUCAUAGGCAUAGCUUCUCUCCUUGAACAACUUGGGGUUAAAGAAGUAGAACAGGGUUUACCAUUGUUCUCUGAACUGACUAGCGCUCAAAAGGAGGAUCCACCCACUGUCAACGAGCCACUCAGAAAGACGGCUGCAGUUACCAGUCCGAUUAAGUUUGCAUCUUCUCUUUCUGAUCAGCUGCUGAUAGACAUGAUUAUAGAAUGUGCAAGGGACAGGUUUAUAGAAGACAAAUGUGUUCUUUCCCAGGCAAAAAGCACAGAGCUGCUGCAAAUUUUAGGGGGCGAAUGGUAA